AUGAAAUUAUUCUAUAUAUUUGGUGAGAAAUGUAUUCCUGAUGAUUUUCGAUAUGAAUAUACGGAAUGUGAUGAUAAUGAUCAACGAUGGCGUGUUCCAAUACCAAAAAUGAAUAAUUUAAAAUGUAAUGAUGGAGUACCAUUACCGAUACGAGGAGUGAAUUGUUCUUUUACAUGUAGUCCCGGAAUGUAUUUGGAUAUUGUCACUCAACGUUGUCAACUUUGUCCAAAAGGUACAUAUAGUUUGGGUAAUGGUAUUCGAUAUGAUGUAUUUGAUGAAAUUCCACCAAAUUUUGAAGUGGAAAAUGUUAACAUUUUACCGGAAAGAAAUAUGGAUACAAAUACGGAAUCAUUGGAAGAUUGCCCAUUCCGUAAAGGUUGGAUUGUACGAAAUACGGAAUUAAUUUAUGUUCCUUCGCCAUGUUUGUCAAGGCUGAGUUAUAGCGUUGAUUUGGUACGUCCUGGUUACGUGGAAUAUGUUUAUCGUUUACCACGUAAUAAUCGUGCGCUUAUUUUUAACGUUGACGUAAGAAAUGACAAAUGUAGAAGCUACAGAGAUGAAAUGAAGCAAUUAAUGGGAAAUAACUUGAAGAAAGGAAAUUCAGAGGAUGGUAGUGAUUGGCAUCGUGAUCGGAUUGAAUUAAAAAAUGGACAUAACAUUAUCAGUUGGACAGUGAUGAACUAUCGUUUGGAUGCUUUUUACAGUAAUGAUGUUUUACAACAAGUACAAAAAUGUAGCAAAUGUCCCGGUGGUACAUUCAGUGGUAUCGGUGCUAAACAAUGCCAAUUUUGCCGUGCUGGAUAUUACAGUCCACCAGGAUCCAAACAAUGUUUCCGUUGUCCAAUAUCACAAUAUUCUUAUUCUCGAUCAGCAUUUUGCAUAAAUCGACCUAUUUGUUCAUUAAAUGAUUAUUAUCCAGUCUUAAAACCAUGUGUUAAUGGUAAAACACGUGCAAUUUUUGUUAAAGUGCAACCAAAUAUUUGCCGUGAUGAUUUAAGUGGCGCUAUUAAGAUCCCAGAAGCUGGUAAUGAAAUUCCUUGUCCAAAAUGUAAUCCGGGAAUGAAUUUAAAUUCAACUGGUCAGUGCGUAUUUUGUCAAAAGGAUCAUUACUCAAAUGGCGAAGAAUGUCAUAGAUGUCCAGUUGAUACAUUACCAAAUUAUGGUUAUCAUUACAUUAUUUGGAAUACACUUCCACCAAAUAUGUUCACUAAAUGUGAAUAUAUUGUUGAAGGUGAUUCAAUGAGUUGUACAAUUGAUAAUGCAUGGAUACCAUCUGGAAGUAUGAUACAAACUUCAUCAACACAAGAGAAAGGCAUUGCACUCGAACUUGGCUUACAAAUUCAUGAUGGCUUUUCAAAUCCAUUGCUUGCAUUUGAUGAACCAACAUCAUCACAUAAUCCAAUUGCGCAUAUUACAUUUGAUUUUGAAAUGAAAUGUGUGGAUGAUAGUUGUGUGCUAUAUUUUAUUGAAAAUACACCAUCACAAUCCUACUAUCGUAUUCUUGCGGAUUUUAGUGGUACUCAACAUUAUCAAUCAUUUUCCUAUCCAAUUGUUUCACCAAAUCCAACACAAUUUUUAUUCGUUUUUAUAAGAUCACGAAGUUCAACAAAAGAGGAUGUCAUAACAGAUCGAGCAUUCAUUUAUCGGAUUAAUGUCACCAAUGUUGGUGACCAAUCAGGUGGUGCAUCAACAUGCUUACAAUGUCCAAAAUAUAAUGGGAAAUGUAUACAUUGUUUAGCUGGUGAAUACAUCACUGAAACA